AUGGCCGGUACAAGGAAUUAUGAUUUCUUGAUCAAAUUGCUCCUGAUUGGGGACUCCGGCGUUGGAAAGUCAUGCUGCCUUUUGCGAUUCAGCGAGGACUCUUUCACGCCAUCCUUCAUCACUACUAUCGGGAUUGACUUUAAGAUCCGUACGAUUGAGCUGGAUGGCAAGCGCGUUAAGCUUCAGAUAUGGGACACCGCUGGACAAGAACGCUUUAGAACAAUCACAACUGCAUAUUACAGAGGAGCAAUGGGGAUUCUUCUUGUCUAUGAUGUCACAGACGAACGAUCAUUCCAAAAUAUCCGUACGUGGUUCUCAAACGUUGAGCAACAUGCCAGUGAAGGCGUGCAUAAGAUCCUCAUCGGCAACAAAUGCGACUGGGAAGAAAAACGAGCAGUGUCAACCGAACAAGGACAGCAGCUUGCCGAUGAGCUUGGGAUCCCCUUCCUCGAGGUCUCGGCCAAGAACAACAUUAACAUCGAGAAAGCUUUCUACGAUCUCGCUUCAGAAAUAAAGAAAGGCAUGGACACAUCAAAGGCGGAGCAGGCUGGCCCGCAGGGUGUCAAUAUAGACCAACAAGGUUCCGGGCUGAAUGGCAACACCGGGGGUAAAUGCUGCUGA